UCACCGAGCGACAUAGGCAGGAGAGGGAGGGGCCGGUUUGCGAGAACAUCUAGGUGUUGGCGGGGGCAGCUUGCGAAGGUAUCAUGGCUGCUGCCGCUGAAUUUAGUAGUCCGAACAUCUGCGACAAGAGCCUGGACCGGAGCUGCAGCCCCAACCCUUCCCAAGAGGUGCUCUGCGAAAUCUUUCGAUCCCUGCAUACCCUGGCUGGACAACUUAACCUCAAAGAUGAUGUGGUGAAAAUUACAAUCGAUUGGAACAAGCUCCAGAGCCUCUCAGCAUUCCAGCCUGCUUUGCUCUUUAGUGCACUUGAGCAACAUGUUUUAUAUUUACAGCCUUUUUUAGCAAAACUUCAGCCUCUGAUUAAAGAGGAGGAUACAACUGUUGUUGAAGAGAUAGGAAAAACAGAAACAGCGAACAAGAAUGAAGUAAGUGCCAAAUUUCCCAUUGGCGACAUACAAGAGGAAGAAAAGCACAAAGAUGGUGAUUUAGGAGAUGUGAAAAAGACACAGAUCCAUUUUGAUCCAGAAGUAGUUCAAAUAAAAGCUGGAAAAGCAGAAAUUGACAGGCGAAUAUCUGCAUUUAUUGAAAGAAAGCAAGCUGAAAUCAAUGAAAACAACGUCAGGGAAUUUUGCAAUGUUAUUGACUGUAAUCAAGAAAACAGUUGUGCAAGGACUGAUGCCAUUUUUACCCCUUAUCCGGGAUUUAAAAGUCAUGUAAAAGUUUCUAGAGUUGUGAAUACAUACGGACCACAAACUAGACCUGAAGGAAUGCAAGGGUCAGGUCAUGAAGCUAACAGCAUGGUCCGAGAUUGUGGGAAUCAGGCUGUAGAAGAACGACUGCAGAAUAUUGAGGCUCACUUGCGAUUGAAGACAGGUGGUCCGGUGCCAAGAGACAUUUAUCAGAGAAUUAAAAAACUUGAGGAUAAAAUCCUUGAAUUGGAAGGCAUCUCUCCUGAAUAUUUUCAAUCUGUAAACUUUUCUGGAAAAAGAAGAAAAGUUCAACUACCUCAACAGAACUAUUCACUGGCUGAACUUGAUGAGAAAAUUAGUGCCCUCAAACAAGCCCUGCUCAGAAAAUCAAGAGAAGCAGAAUCCAUGGCAACUCACCACCUUCCAUGAAAAUGUCCUCUCAUCCUUGUCACUUUGCUUUUAUAUAUGUGUGUCUUAACUUUGACUACAACUAAUCAAAUAGAUCUACAGUGCUAUAUCUAUUAGCACUGUAGACUUCCUUCUGAAGUCAAGAUUUAUUUUCACAUGAGCUCAGCUUACAGCAAGUAAUCUUCAGAUAUUCCAGUAAGUUUUGAAAUAGUUAAUGCAUAAAAAAUAGCAUUGUCAGAAUUUAUUCCCUUCUGUUUUAAAGGAGGUCUUUUGAAAAUUUAAAAAUUUGAAAGUACAUCUUUUUGUGUGUAUGUGUACCACAAAACACAAAUUUAUUUUGAGUUGUGAUCUUUAAAAGAACUUUAUAUUUGUAACAUCGAUUUUAACUAGUUUAUUAGUUUAUGAUGUUUGAAUCAGUACUUUGUGCAUAAACAAAAAUUUACUAGCUGAAAUGAAUUUUAAAUAAAUGUAUACAUUUUUUUAACAUCAGUUUUUAUGUCAAUAAACAGUAGAUCCCACCUUUACCC